AUGGAUUCGUAUUCAGACCUUCCCAUCCAAGAGAUUAUGUCAUUACAAGAGAAAGAGGCAAGUCAAUCAUCUUUAUGCCCCGUUAAGAAGCCACAGCCCAAUCCACAGGACUGCGCUUAUACGGAACUGCGCUUUGAAGUCGACAAUUCCGCCCAACCUACCAAUACACCAAGCAACUCGGAGGAAAUUAAUGGAGGAUACAAAUCAGUAUCCGGCUCCCCAAAUCUCACAGAGUCUGAAAUUGCGUCUCUACCGUACGGCCUUGGGCUUAUUUACGCCGAGACCUGUAGACUGGAGGCUGAAUCGAAGCGUCACGAGGAAGAGAUGGAAGCCGAGAAAGCGCGUCUCGCCGCAGUGAAGAAAGCCACCGAAUUCCGAUGGCCUGGUGACACUUCGGCGUACCCAGCAGAGUCUUUCGUAUUCUUAAACCCCCCAGGCAGCAAGCUCCGCGCCAAGGCUAUCCAUAUUGGCACCCCGAAGAACCAACCCUUGGCUUCACGCAUCAGUGUCUACGCCGUCAGACAAGAAGGUAGCGCUGAUAUUGAGUUUAGAACGGCUCAGGAUGGCUCGACUCCGGAAGAAAUACGCCAGGGCCCUUUAUUUGACUAUAAGCAUAUCCGCCUCAACGACUUCUUCAAGGGUAUGAAACAGAAUCAGGCUGACCUUUGGGCUAGGCAGCUGUUAGCUCAGGUUCCGGGCAUCAACGACGCUAUUGUCAGAUGGAAAUAA